CGGCCCGGCCCCGUCGGGCUCCGCCGGCCCCUUCCGAGGGGGAGGCGCCGCUGCCGUGGGGCCGGGCUCGGUUCCGCCGCCCCACGGGGCCGCCGGCUCGAUCCCUCUGGUUUGGCCUUGCCGUGGCCAAACCAGCACCGAUUUCCUGCCUUGCCCAAGACCCCGGUGACCGCGGCCGCUCCAUCCCCUGCAGCUGCAGCCUCGCACCCCUCGGUCCCAGGGGAGGGCUGGAAGGGGAGGAAGCCACCAAGAGCCUUGGCUGGGGACAGCGGGGCAGCAAGAGGAAGCUGCCGGCACCCUGUGACAGCGCGAGGGCGCGGGUCCCCUCCCCGGAAGGAAGGAGCUCUUGGGCUCCAUCAUCCCCGUGCAGGGUGCAGGGUCCCUGCUCUGCCCCAUCCUCUCGGCACCCGGCCUGUCCUCACCCUGCGCAGGACCCGCUGCCAUGCCCGUGACCGUCACCCUGCCCGGUCCUGCCCCAUGGGGCUUCCGCAUCGCGGGGGGAAGAGACUUUGGGAAGCCCAUCACCGUCUCCAAGGUGGCAGAGCACGGGAAGGCGGCCGUGGGUGACCUGCGCCCGGGGGACCUCAUUGUCACCAUCAACGGGGAGAGUGCAGCCGAGAUGCUCAACGUGGAGGCGCAGAAUAAGAUCAAGCAGAGCCCUGGGCAGCUCCGGCUGCAGGUGGAGAGGAUGCGCUGUGGAUGCAGGAGGAGAGCCGGGGCGCCAGGAGAGGCUCCAGCCCCGCGUCCUGCAGCCCCCUGCCCGGCAGCGAAGGGUAAGGCUGGACGGGAUGGGCAGGGCCCGGGCAGGCUCCGGUAUCUCCUGAUGGCUCCAUCCUCUCCCCACAGCUCACAGCUCAUGGAGGAGAUCGCCAGUCCCGGCCUCUGCCAGGAGCGAGGAAGCCUCCACAGCUCCCCGGGGUCUGCGCUGCCUCCACCCCCCCGCCCACCCUCACCGGGGCUCGAGGCCCCCCCAAACCCCUGGGACACCCCCGGGGAGCGGCGCAGCUCUUCAUGCUCCCCCAACCCCUGCAGCAGCCCGGGCUCGGAGCCGGCCAUGAGGCGCUUGGAGGAGGACUCGGAGGUGCUGAAGAUGCUGCAGGAGAACCGGGAGCUGCGGGCGGCGCCGCGGCAGUCCAGCACCUUCCGCCUGCUGCAGGAGGCGCUGGAGGACGAGGCUGGAGGUGAGGGGGGCUCGGGGUGCGGGAGGCUCUGCGGGGUGCGGGUGCGGCCCUCACGGCCUCGUGUCCCCGCAGCGCCCUUCCCCAGCCGCCUCUCGCCCAGCGCCCGCAAACCCGCGCCGGGGCUCCCGAGGCUGCCCCCGUGUGAGAAGUGCGGCAGCGGCAUCGCGACGCAGGCGGUGCGCAUCCGGGACGGGCGGUACCGGCACCCAUCCUGCUACGCCUGCGCCGACUGCGGCCUCAACCUGAAGAUGCGGGGGCACUUCUGGGCCGGGGACGAGCUCUACUGUGAGAAACACGCGAAGCUGCGCUACCAGGGCCCCCCCGGCGGCACCAGAGCCCCCACGGUGCCCCCCCACUCCUGAGCCCCACGCAGGGGGCGAUGGGGACCUCCCCGCUGCAUCCCCUCGGGCACCCCAACAGCCCCAUUGCUUUGGUAGGGUUGGGGCUGGUGGUGGUAGGGGGGUGUGAGCUGCAGCUGCCCCCUUUGCCCUUGCUGUGUCAGGGUGCGUGUGAUGAGCUUGGGUUAGUUCUCAGCCUGGGUUGCAGCAGCUGUAUGCACCCCGGGGCGCAGCAGGGACAUAACGGGGGGGCAGAGGGAUGCUUGAGCACUUAGGUACCGGAGACGGGGCUGGCACUGCUUUGUGCACUGACUGCAAAGGGCUUCUCCGAGCUAUUAAACCAGAUCUCUAUAUAAAGAUAAUAUAUAUUUGCUCCA